CCAAAGAACCAAAGCCAUCCAUGUCUUCGCGUACCCACGUUAUCGACACGGUGGAGAAAUUAAAGAAAUUCUCAGGGGCCGCCGUCCAGCCUAAUUUUGACGCCAUGGGGAGUUCCAUCGAAUCAAGUUGAAAUACGGAUUCCGGAGGAAAAUAGGAAACCCGAAAGCCUCAGACAAUAUUAAUUUCAAUCAGCCAGUUACUGGUUUCAGCUUGGAGCAUUAAAAUGGAGGUGGAAGAUAGUCGUCGAUCGCCCAAGCAAUCACAACCGUCCUCGAUCGACGCGAAACCCAUUGACCGGCGAUUCUCAGCUCUAGGAGACCUGCGGGUUCUUCCUGAUGAAAUUAUCUGCGCCGUUCUGACUCAUCUCUCCCCUAGAGACGUAGCUCGCCUCGCAUGUGUUAGCAGUGUAUUGUAUAUUUUUUGCAAUGAGGAGCCCCUGUGGAUGAGCCUAUGCCUUGACAGUAUCCAACAUCCACUUCGGUACAGAGGCUCCUGGAAGAAAACAACAAUGGAUCAGAUGGACCUGCCAAUUGAAAGUGUUAUACCCUGUCAGAAACAAUUACACUUUGACGGAUUCAAUUCUCUGUUUCUGUACCGAAGACUAUACCGAUGCUAUACUACUCUGAAUGAUUUUGGUUAUGAUAGUGGAAAUGUGGAAAGGACAAUAUGCCUCUCUUUGGAACUGUUUCAUGAUAAGUAUGAUGGACAGAAACCGGUUUUGAUCGGUGGAUUAGCGGAUUCUUGGCUAGCUAGGAGUGCAUGGACAACAGAGCAAUUAGUGUUGAAGUAUGGAGAUACACAAUUUAAAAUAUCUCAUAGGGGCCCUAAGAAAGUUAUCAUGCAACUUAAGGACUAUGUGUCUUACAUGGAACUUCAGCAUGAUGAGGAUCCUCUAUAUAUAUUUGAUGAGAAGUUUGGGGAAGUUGCUCCUGGACUAUUGAAGGAUUAUAGCGUUCCAUACCUUUUCCAAGAAGACUUUUUUGAUGUAUUGGAUAGAGACCAACGCCCCCCUUUCAGAUGGAUGAUAAUUGGACCAGAGAGAUCUGGUGCUUCUUGGCAUGUUGAUCCAGCUCUUACUAGUGCUUGGAAUACUCUGCUUUGUGGAUGCAAACGGUGGGCAUUGUAUCCUCCUGGAAGAGUGCCUGCAGGAGUGACAGUACAUGUGAAUGAAGAAGAUGGUGAUGUCAAUAUUGACACUCCAUCUUCUUUGCAGUGGUGGCUGGACUUCUAUCCCUUUCUUGCUGAUGAGGACAAGCCAAUAGAAUGUACUCAACUCCCUGGAGAAACAAUAUUUGUUCCAAGUGGGUGGUGGCAUUGUGUGCUAAAUUUGGAGACCACUAUUGCUGUCACACAGAACUUUGUGAAUUCAAAAAAUUUUGAAUUCGUAUGCCUGGAUUUGGCUCCUGGCUACAGACAUAAAGGAGUUUGCCGUGCUGGACUGCUUGCCUUGGAUGACAGCAGCUUUGAGGAUGUGAGGAAGAACAUGUCAAGUGUGGGAAAGAGUUUUAGCUACUCUGACCUUACAAGAAAAGAGAAGAGAGCUAAAGUUACUCAACAUGUUGACAGUGCAAAAUGUGAAACUGCUAGAGAUGAUGAUCCUGAAUUUAAUGACACAAGAAAUCUGAAAUUCUCUUAUGAUAUAAAUUUCUUAACCAUGUUCUUAGAUAAAGAAAGGGACCACUACAAUUCCUUAUGGUGCUCAAGUAACUGUAUUGGGCAACGAGAAAUGAGGGAAUGGUUAUCACGACUUUGGCAAAAAAGGCCAGCACUGAGGGACCUAAUUUGGAAGGGAGCCUGUAUUGCACUGAAUUCUAGCAGAUGGUUUGAAUGUCUUGAGGAAAUUUGUGUCUAUCAUGAGUUGCCUUUACCUUCAGAAAAUGAAAAGCUUCCCGUUGGGACAGGAAGUAAUCCUGUCUAUCUUGUUUCUAAUGAAGUGAUAAAGAUAUUGGUUGAAGGAGGCACAGAAGCUUCUCUUCAUUCAUUGGGGACUGAGCUUGAGUUUUACAGUACUCUCAAGAAAGUAGGCUCCCCACUGAAAGAUCAUAUCCCUGAUGUUUUGGCCAGUGGAAUUCUCUAUAUUGAAAAUGGGCAGUGUACAGUUAUUCCUUGGAAUGGAAAAAAUGUUCCUGAGGUGAAUUCUACUUCUCUUCCAGUUAUUGGAAAACCUCAACAGGGGGAUUACCCGUAUGGAAUAUGGAGCAAACUGCAAUUCAACUUUAAAAAUGUGGGAAUGUCUCCACAUGAAUUGGAGACAAGCAACAAUUCAAAAGUAUGGCCAUAUGUGGUGACUCAAAGAUGCAGAGGAAAAAUAUUAGCGAACCUAAGGGAAUCACUAUCAUGGGAAGAUAAUCUGGACUUGGCCUCCUUCCUUGGAGAACAACUCAGGAACCUUCAUCUUGUGCCAUGCCCAUCUUUGGAUUUCUCAACAAUGUUAAGAAGCAAUGAAGAAACAAUGCUGGAUUCAAAUGGUGUUGUACAGCAUGCUGUGAUUUGUAGUAUCCCGGAAAAAUGGGAUUUUUUCAUCAAAACACUGAACAAGAAGAAGGAGGAUGCAUCUAACCGCUUGACUAAAUGGGGUGAUCCAAUUCCAGAUGCACUGAUAGAAAUAGUCAGUGGAUACCUCCCUGACAACCUAGCAAAGCUCAUUUUCAUCUCUGAGGAUAGUGCAAGAGUUCACAAAUCUUGCUCCUGGAUACACUCAGAUAUAAUGGAUGACAAUAUCCACAUGGAGUUGUCUUACCUAAAGACUUGCUUAGAAAAGGAUAAUAAACAGGUGGACAAUGAUCAUGUAAUUGAUACUUCUAAAAAUAGUGAUACUAAAAGCUCGUGGCGUGCAACCCACAUACUUGAUUUCAGUGGCUUAUCCAUAGGUGACCCACUUUUAGACCUCAUUCCAAUAUAUCUAGAUGUGUUUAGAGGAGAUUCAAGCUUGAUGAAGCAUUUUCUAGAAACCUAUAAGCUUCCAUUGUUAUUAGGGCAAGAAAAGCUGAAUGGAUUAGGAGAUGGCAGCAGAUAUGGCCGACUCUCUUAUCAUGCCAUGUGCUACUGCAUACUUCAUGAUGACAAUGUUUUGGGAGCGAUUUUCAGCAUUUGGAAGGAACUGAUGAUGGCAAAGUCAUGGGAGGAAGUUGAAGACGCUGUUUGGGCAGAUCUCCUAAACACUUACACCCCUGCCGGAUCCUAUUGAGCUUAUUUUGCCACUUGUCUCUGAUGCAACCACAUAUUUUCAUUUUUCUUGAUAAUCGUGUUGGUUCCGAUGCAAAACUUUCUUCCAAGGAUGGAGGUUACAGAGUAUAACCUCAUCAUUCCUUCAUAGAUAAAAUAAGCCCUGUUGUGAGUAUAACCCUGUUCCUUAAAUAAAGUUCUUGAUUUGAUUCGUGUACAAUGUACUCGUUGUAUCACUCUAUCCUUAUGAGGUG